GGGAAGCUGCGGAGGCUCCGCCAUGGCCUCCGGAGCCGGAGGAAUAGGAGGGGGCGGCGGCGGCAAGAUUCGGACGCGGCGUUGCCACCAGGGGCCAAUUAAACCUUACCAGCAGGGGCGACCCCAGCACCAGGGCAUUCUUAGUAGGGUUACAGAAUCUGUUAAGAAUAUUGUGCCAGGAUGGCUACAAAGAUAUUUCAACAAGAAUGAAGAUAUAUGUAGCUGUUCGGCAGAUACAAGAGAGGUACCACAAUGGUCAGAAAAUAGAGAUGAUGACCAUCUGAUAUAUGCUGAUGAAGAGAACCCCAAUAUUCAUGAUGGGAGAAUCACUCCUGAGCCAACAGCCAGUAAUACUGAAGAACCUUCAACUACUAGUACGGCUUCAAAUUAUCCAGAUGUAUUAACAAGGCCUUCUCUUCAUCGGAGUCACCUAAAUUACUCUGUGUUGGAAUCUCCUGCAUUGCAUUGUCAGCCCUCCACAUCCUCAGCAUUCCCAAUUGGAAGUUCUGGGUUUUCUCUUGUAAAAGAAAUUAAAGAUUCUACCUCUCAGCACGAUGAUGAUAACAUCUCAACUACUAGUGGUUUUUCUUCAAGAGCUUCUGAUAAAGAUAUAGCUAUUUCAAAGAACACUUCAGUACCACCUCUGUGGUCCCCAGAGGCUGAACGUUCUCAUUCACUCACACAGCAUACUGCCACCAGCUCAAAGAAACCAGCAUUCAACUUGUCUGCCUUUGGAACACUUUCCCCCUCACUUGGGAGUUCUUCAAUUCUUAAAACAAGUCAGCUUGGAGAUUCUCCUUUUUACCCUGGAAAAACAACAUAUGGUGGAGCAGCAGCUGCUGUCAGACAGCCUAAACAGCGAAGUACACCAUAUCAGCCACCAGUCAGAAGACAGAUGAAAGCUAAGCAACUCAGUGCACAAUCGUAUGGUGUAACUAGUUCAACAGCUCGUCGGAUAUUGCAGUCUUUAGAGAAGAUGUCAAGUCCUCUAGCGGAUGCAAAAAGAAUUCCAGCUGUUUCUUCUCCCCUGAAUUCUCCGUUUGAUAGGAGUAUGAAUGAUACUACCAUGGAUUAUCAUGCCAAAAGAGAAACAGUGAAUUCUCCUCAGUAUCCUCCUGUUCAGAGACUUAUGACCCCCAAACCAGUUUCCAUAUCAGCAAAUCGAACUGUUUAUUUUAAGCCAUCUCUCACACCCACUGGUGAAUCAAGGAAGACAAAUCAAAGAAUAGAUAAAACGCAUAGUACUCCAUUUCAAAAAAAUAUGACAGCAGGACAAAAUAGAGAAUGUGAAAGUGUCUUUUCUUACCCAAAUUUCAGUAUGUCUGCAGCCAAUGGUUUGUCUCAUGGAGGUGGUGGCAAGAUGAGACGAGAGAGAUCAUGCUUUGGUGCAUCUAAACCUUUAGAAGAAGAGAAAGUGGAAGUGCCAGUGUUACCGAAAAUCUCUCUUCCCAUCACCAGUUCUUCACUGCCUACCUUCAAUUUUAGUUCGUCUGUGACCACAACAUCUCCAUCACCCAUUAGUCCUUCGCAGUCGUUGACAAGCAAGCUACAAAUGACCUCUCCAAACAGCCCUGGCAGUCCCAUGUUUAGAUUUUCAUCUCCAAUUGUAAAAUCAACUGAGGCAGAUGUACUACCUCCAUCAUCUAUUGGAUUUACAUUUAGUGUGCCCCUUACAAAAUCAGCAGAAUGUUCUGACUCUAGUAGUAUUUCAGAGCCAAUUACCAGUAGUACAGCUCAAGAUAGCACUUCACUGAAUAGUCCAAGCUCCAAGAAGCGGAAUGAAGAGUAUGAAGGCCCUUUUAGACCUGCAAAGAUCCUGAAAGAAGGAAGUGUCCUAGAUGUUCUGAAAACUCCUGGUUUCACAUCACCGAAGACAGAUUCUUUUGCUACUCAGCCUACCACCACAAGCCCAGUGGUUUAUACAAGACCAGCAAUAAGUAGCUUUUCUUCCAGUGGAAUUGGGUUUGGGGAAAGUUUAAAAGCUGGAUCAUUGUGGCAGUGUCAUAUUUGUCUAGUCCAGAACAAAGUUACAGACAAUAAGUGUGUAGCUUGUCAAGCAACAAAAUUGCCAUCAAGAGAUACUGGGAAACAGUCUGAUACUGGGACACCAAGUAAAAGUGGCAAGUCAACUUUUUCUGCAUCUGGGACAGACUUUGGAGACAAGUUUAAACCUGCAGUGGGAACUUGGGAUUGUGAUACCUGCUUAGUGCAAAAUAAACCUGAAGCAGUAAAAUGUGUAGCUUGUGAAACACCAAAACCAGGAACUGGUGUUAAGAGAGUCCUCACAUUGCCAGUGAUUUCGGAAAGUGCUGUUACUAUGGCUGCUUCAUCUUCAAGCUGCACUGUGACCAAUGUUACCAUAGGAUUUGGUGAUAAAUUUAAAAGGCCUGAGGGAUCCUGGGAGUGCUCAGUGUGCUGUGUUUCUAACAAUGCAGAAGACAAUAAAUGUGUGGCCUGCAUGUCUGAGAAGCCAGGAAGUUCAGCAUCUGCUUUAAGUAGCAGCACUGUCCCUAUGUCUCUACCUUCUGGAGGCUGUCUAGGGUUGGAAAAGUUUAAGAAACCUGAAGGAAGCUGGGAUUGUGAAGUAUGCCUAGUACAGAACAAAGCAGAUUCUACCAAAUGUGUAGCAUGUGAAAGUCCAAAGCCAGGCACAAAAUCUGAAUUUAAAGGCUUUGGCAUACCCCAACCUUCCAGUCCAGCAGCCUCAUCUUUCAAGUUUGGUAUCUCACCAUCCUCUUCUGGGCCCUCUCACAGUUUAACAAACACUGGAAAUUUUGAAUUUGGAGAUCAAGGAGGCCUCAAGAUAGGUGUGUCAUCAGAUCCUGGGUCUGUAAACCCAGUGAGUGAAGGCUUUAAAUUUUCUAAACCAGUAGGAGAUUUUAAGUUUGGAGUUUCAUCUGAUUCUAAGCCUGAAGAAGUUAAAAAGGACAGUAAGAAUGAUGAUAAUUUUAAGCCUGGACUUUCUUCUGAUUUAAGCAACCCAGUUUCUGUAACUCCAUUUCAAUUUGGGAUGUCUAGUCUUGGGCAGCAAGAAAGCAAAGAAGAACUACCUAAAUCUGCAUCUGCAGGCUUUACCUUUGGUACAGGUGUUAUAAGCUCUACUCCUGCUACUGCUAACACCACAGUGACUGCAGACAAGAACAGCUUCAACUUUGGAACCAUAGAAACCAAGAGUGUCUCAGUGACGCCUUUCACAUGUAAGACAUCAGAAGCAAAGAAAGAAGAAACCCCUGCUGCCAAAGGAGGGUUCACUUUUGGCAAUGUGGAGCCCACCCCUCUGCCAUCUGCCUCAUUGUUUGCUUUGGGAAGGACAGAAGAGAAACAGCAAGAACCUGUUACUUCUACUUCUCUAGUAUUUGUGAAGAAAGCUGAUAAUGAUGAGCCAAAGUGUCAACCAGUGUUUUCCUUUGGGAAUUCAGAGCAAACCAAAGAUGAAAAUCCUUCAAAACCAAUGUUUAGUUUCAGUAUGUCAAAACCAUCUGAGAAAGAAUCUGAACAGCCAGUAAAGACUACUUUUGCUUUUGGAACUCAGCCCAGUACUACAGCUGAUCAAGGUGCAGCAAAGCCAGUUUUUAGUUUCUUGAACAGUAGUUCCUCUAACUCAGCUACACCAGCUACUUCAGCUGGUGGUGGCAUAUUUGGUAGUUCCACCUCUUCCUCCAGUGCACCUGGGUCUGCCUUUGUAUUUGGACAGGCCAGCAAUCCUGUGAGCAACUCUGCCUUUGGUAAUUCUGCUGAAUCCAGUACAUCUCAGUCUCUGCUGUUUUCUCAAGAAAGUAAACCAGCUGCAACCACAUCUAGCACGGGCACUGCUGUCACUCCAUUUGUCUUUGGUCCAGGAGCCAGCAGUAACACUGCAACCUCUGGUUUCAGCUUUGGAGCUACAACAACAUCUAGCUCUACAGGAUCCUCCUUUGUGUUUGGCACUGGACCUUCAGCACCAUCUGCCAGCCCAGCAUUUGGUGCUAACCAAACCCCAACAUUUGGACAAAGUCAAGGUGCCAGCCAGCCUAAUCCUCCAGGCUUUGGAUCUUUAUCAUCUUCAACAGCAUUAUUUUCUGCUGGUUCUCAGCCUGCACCACCUACUUUUGGAACAGUGUCAAGCAGUAGCCAACCUCCUGCAUUUGGACAACAGCCUAGUCAGUCUACAUUUGGAUCCGGGGCUGCUCCUAAUUCCAGCUCAGUUUUCCAAUUUGGCAGCAGCACUACAAAUUUCAACUUUACAAACAACAAUCCAUCAGGAGUAUUCACAUUUGGUGCAAAUCCUAGUACACCUGCAGCUUCAGCCCAACCUUCUGGCUCAGGGGGCUUUUCAUUUAGCCAGUCUUCAGCAUUUACAGUGGGGUCAAAUGGGAAAAAUAUGUUUUCUUCUUCUGGAACUUCUGUUUCUGGUCGCAAGAUAAAGACUGCUGUUAGACGCAGGAAAUAAAGGUCACAGUGGUGUUAAAAACACAACAGGUUUAAUAGCUGGUGCCCUGUUUUCAGAUACUGGAUUUUACCCUAUGCUGGGGUUAUCUGAAGUCAGAUCUGCCUAAGGACUUAAUUUUGGAAUUAUCCGUUUUCUUUACAGAAACCCUACCCUCACCACUCCCAUCCCAUUUUAAAAAAAUAAUAGCUAGACUGGUGACUGAUUCUUCAGCCAACAAACAUAUUUUAUGAUCCAGCACAUUAUUCACUGAUUUGGUAUAGGCUGGUUGAACCCAGGAAUAAAGCCUGCUCUUCAGAUGGCAUUGUAUAGGACUUCUUCAUCUGCACCACUUUUGUGCGUUUGACAUGCGUUUAUGGAACGCAUUGCUAUUGUAAUUGUAUCUGAGGAUUCUGUAUAGAUUAGAGGAUGUUGCAAUGAAUGAUUUCUAUGCUGAGUUUGUGCUGGUGUGUAUGUGUGUGUGUGAAGUGAGUGAGUUGGUUAUAUUGUGCACUAAAAGUUUCUGAUAGAGGAAGCCUGAUUAAAAAAUGGUCCAUACUAAGGACUUGUUAGUUCUAGUUCAUUAUACAUUUAAUACGCUAUUUCUAUAUUUUCAUUCUAUCACCUGUCUUGCCUUUUUCAUUAUUUUAUUAUGAAACUUAUGUAAAUACAAUUUUGUUUCUGUACUCCUUUGGCAUAACAUAAAUCUGUGAACUUGAAAUUUUAAUUUGUUAGAAAUGUUUUUGUUUGUUUAGUCUUGUCUCAGAUUUUAUUAUGUAAAUCCCAUUAUUCAAAGUUGCCUAAAUCCAUUUGGAAAUCUUAAAAAAAAAAUUGGGGAUUCUUAAAAUGAAUUUAUUGGCUUUUCUGAUCCAUUUUUGUUUGGACCAAAAACCAGUAUUGUACAAAGUAUUAAGCAUAUAUUUUUAUAUUUACUGAAAUGGACUGUGGUGACUUUGGAUAAUAAGGAAAAGUUUAAUAUUAAAGCCAUGUUUAUUACAGUAUAAUUAACAUGUUAAACCAUGGGAUAAAUGCCAUCAAUAAAAGAUUACGAAAUA